AUGUUCCAGGGUACGAUUCUCGUCGACGGCAAAGGCCACUUGAUCGGCCGCCUCGCCUCGGUGAUCGCGAAGGAGCUGCUGAACGGGCAGGAAGUCGUCGUGCUUCGAUGCGAAGAGAUCGAAAUCUCGGGCACGCGCCACCGCAACCGGAAGAACUUUCAAAGCUACCUGCAAAAGCGCACCAACACCAACCCCAAGUGGGGACCCUUCCACCACCGCGCGCCGCGCAUGAUCCUCACCAAGUCCGUGCGCGGCAUGCUCCCGCGCAAGACCAAGCGCGGCGAGGAGGCCAUGGCCCGCUUCAAAGCCUUCGAGGGCGUGCCGCCCGCCUACGCCAAGACGAAGAGGAUGGUCGUCCCGGCCGCGCUUCGUGUCACCCAUUUGCGUCCCAGUGCCAAGUACACUAACAUUGGAAAGCUCGCAGGCGAGAUGGGAUGGAAGUAUGGGAGCCUCAUUCGCAAGAUGGAGGAACAGCGUAAGGUUGAGAGCGCUGCGGAUUACGAAAAGAGAAAGGCAUUGGCCAAGCUUAAGGUCCAAGCUAUCGCUAGUGUUGAUCUUUCGGCAGAGAACCAGGUCCUUGCACCAGCCGGGUAUUAGACGCGCAAUCGUUAAAGUAAUGUCUCUUGAUUAAAGCUUUUCGUCGCGCUGUUCAUACACCACCUUCGACUUCCGUGUCAUUGAGCAGCUGGUUUCGAACUCGUACCACAGA